CUCUCUCUGCAGAGGAGGUGCCAUAGUGCCAUCCCUCUCCCCCAACUCCCCUUUCUGAUGGCGAUCGUCACUGUCGAUUCUUCCACCCACGACCUGCAAUUCGAAACAAUCUCACUCGUCGAUCUCCGACUUCUCUCUCAGUCGGAGCUAAACUCUCUCUCCCUAUGUUCCUACGAAGCCUUCGAUCUCCGCCACUGCGACGACGUCGUAAUAUCUAAAAUCGACCGCUCCGUCUUCAAUGAGAGCUCUGGAAGCCGAAAGCAAACAUACUCUCGCCUCCGCCUUGCUCCUCGCAAGCCCGAAAUCACCAAUGUCGGUCUUCGCAGGCGCUGCGCUGGCCUUCUCCCCCUUCCCAAGCCUCCCCCUGACCUCGUCGACGACCCUGAACGAAAGGAGAACCAACGCAUCGCCACUCUUGUCCAAGAGCUAUUCUUGAAUGACAAUUCCGUCAAAACUGAUCUAAUCCCUCUCGAUUCCGAACAUAUAGAGCCACCGAUACACCCGCAACCUGUACCAUUAAAGGUCGAAAAUGAGUUUCCGCUGCAACAGUUUCCGGUCGUUGUUUCCUGCAAGGAAGUGAAGAAGAGAGGUAGGAAACGGAAGCACGAACUGAAGCCGCCUCAGGUUCAGGGAGAUGACAACAACAACGUCAUGAGUAAUAGCAUUGUAGUUUAUGACAAUGGAUUGAAUGCCACCAAGGAGCAGACUAUGGAGAUUGUGAACCGAAAUGGUGUCGCCGUUGAUAUUGUUGCAUUGGCUAAUUUUCAAGAUCCUUUUGGUCCUGAAUUGAGAAGGAGAACCGUUGGUUUGGAGACUGAAACGGCUUUGUUAGGGUUUCUGAAGGAUCUGAAUGGACAGUGGGGCAGCAGGAGGAAGAAGAGGAAGAUUGUCGAUGCUAGUGAUUUCGGGGAUGCGUUGCCCAAAGGUUGGAAGCUUUUGCUCACGCUCAAGAGGAGAGAAGGUCGCGUGUGGUUAAACUGCCGCAGAUACAUAAGCCCAAGCGGACAUCAGUUUGUCACCUGCAAGGAAGUUUCUUCAUUUUUGCUGUCAUAUUUUGGAUCUCAAGAUUCAAUCCUGCAAAAUUUUGGUCAUGGUGAUAGGAAUACUCAGCGGACCCAGGAAUUGGCUUCUCAAAUUACUGCAGGUCUUACCUGUCAAGAGGACAACAAUAAGGAAGACCCCAUUUGCCAUUCCAUAUCACCUAUGAUAGUUCAUAUUGAUGACCAUCAUAAGCAAGUUGCCUUAUUGGGGGUUGAGAACCUGGCUGAGGUUCAAGUACGGGAUCUUUUAGAAUGUCACAAAUGCAACAUGACUUUUGAAGAAAAAGAUGCGUAUUUGCAUCACUUGCUGUCGUCUCACCAGAGGAGUGCAAAAAGGUGUAGAAUUGGUUCAUCCAUUUCUGAUGGGGUGAUCGUUAAAGAUGGAAAAUAUGAAUGCCAAUUCUGCCAUAAAAUUUUUGAAGAAAGGCAUCGCUACAAUGGUCAUGUCGGGAUCCAUGUAAGGAACUAUGUCAGGAAUCUUGAAGUUUUACCAGGUCCAAUUACUGUGCAAAAAAGCAUUGACCCUUUGCCCUCAGUUUCUGUUCCGUCUGGUGUCCAUAUUAUGGGUUCAUCAGUUUACAUUAACAAGGGUUCUAUUCCAGAAACUUCUACUGCCAAACCUAGUGGUGAAUUGAAUGUUGGCUCUGUUCAUUGUAAACUGGAUGUGAUUUCCACUCAUGCAACUCCUGCUGAAUCCAACUGUGAAUGGAUGCGUUAUUCUUCUGGUAGUAAACAGGUUACAGAGGCUGAUGAUAAGAGCUCUAUUCCAGAAGUUGAUGAUGCCAAAAUGAAUGAACUGAAUGUUGGUUCUCUUCAUUCUAAACUCACAGCAACUUCCAUUCUGGAAACUCCUACUAGUGAAUCCAUAUGUGCACUGAAUGUUGAUUCUUCUCCUAGUAAACAGGUUGCAGAAGCUUAUAAAGAUUCUAUUCCAGACACUACAGCUGCCAGACUUAAUGAUGGACAGAACAUUAUUUCUUUUUGUACUGAACAGGAUCCAGCUUCCAUUCUGGAGCCUCUUCCAGGUGCACCCAAGUAUGAACUGAAUGUUGCUUCUCAGGGUAAUCUGGUCAAGGAGGCUAGAAAGGUAUGUAGUACAGAAACUUCUACUGCCAAAUCUGAUUAUGAACAGAAUGCUGGUUCAUUUCAUACUAAGCCAGAAGAGGUUCCUAUUCAGGAAACUCCUACUGAUGAAUCAAACUUCCAACCUAAUGUUGGUACUUGUCAUAGCAAACUGAUCACUGAAGCUAACACGGAUUCUGUUCCUGAAGUUUCUGCUGUAGAAUUUUUUGAUGGAAGGAAUGUUAGUGCACUUCAUAAUAUACCAGAUGAAACUCCUAGUGGUAAAUCCAACUGCGACCUGAAUGCCAGUUCUUCUCACAAUAAAUAUGUUAUGGAGGCCAGUAAGAUUGAAGAAACUUUGGUUGAGAAUUCUUACAAUAAAUUAUCUUGUGAUUCUAAGAGGCCUGAUAGUAAAUCAAGAAUGGCUGGUGAGGCUAACGAUGUUGGAAAUGAUAAAUCCUGUUAUUGCUUGGAUUCUGGAACUUUUUUUUGUAAUCAGAAGGAUUGCAGUACCUUUGAUACUUUUGAUGAAAAUGAUAGUUAUGCAGUUACUUCAAUUAAGAAUGAUAAGUGUGGUAUUGAGCUUGAAAGGCUUUCUGGAAGUUGUUCACCAACUCCUGGUAAGGAGCAAAUUUGUGGGCUUGAUGGUAUCGUGAAUGAGGCUCUUACUAGUGUUACAGAGGGGCCCAAACUUGAUAAAAUGGACAAGUCUGGGAAUAGUGAACUUGAAAGUGGUUUCAGCAGCUGUGAUGCUGGACCCAAUAAGAAUGUUGUAUCUGAGACUACUUGGACUGCUGAUAAACGAAAUGUACCAGAGGAUGGAGUGGCUGACCUCUCAUUGCCAUUGAAGCAGUCAUCAGGCUCUAAGAAUGAACUUGGAAGUGGUUUUGGAAGCUGUGAUGCUGAACCCAAUAAGGAUGUUGCAACAGAGGCUAAUUGGACUGCUGAUGGAGGAAAUGUACCAGAGGAUGGGGUGGUUGACUCCUCAUUGCCAUUGAUGCAGCCAUCAGGCUGUUUUCCGGAUCCUAAUAUGACCUUAGAUAAGGGAGCAGAUGAAUUCUGCAAUGUCAAGAAGCUUGAAAACAUGUCGGGUUUUGAAGAGCUGAGGUUGGAUGAUACAGAGCCUUCACGGUUCAGUUUUAUGACUGGGCCAGAAUCAAGAUCUCUGCCAGAAAAAGAAUCCAUGGGCUUUGCAUACAAUUCAGCGUUGGGGCAAGAGCUUGAUUCCACUGUUCGGUUUGAUCUGGAAGCAGUCUCCCUAAUUAAGGCUAGCACAAAUCAGCCUACAACUGUUUGUGUAUGGUGCAGAAUGGAGUUCAACCACGAGGCAGUCUACUCUGAAAUGCAAUCAGAUUCAUUUGGUUUUAUGUGUCUGGCCUGCAGGGCCAAGAUAUCAGGCUGUAACACUACAAAAGAGAUGCAGGAAGGUUAGAUUGCUAAUUUCUUAUUGGGUUGCAGUUGCACAGCAGUCUUGGACAUGAAUUAGGAUCCCCAGUUUUGGUGUAGCUGUACAGAUGACCACGAAGAGAAUAUCUAUCUGGAGUUUUGCUUCUUGAUGGAGUUACUUUGUAAGAUUUUUCCAUGCUCUGUGUUUAAUUCUUCUAAAAGACUAAAACCUGUUGUGGUUAGCUGAUUUCAUAUUGCCUCUGUAUCACAUCAGCCUCAUUUGUCAAGAGGAUAGGAAGGGGAAAGAGGAAAGAAAGAGAAUAAAGGCAAGUUGUGG